AUGAUACUACAUAUUUACUUCCAACAGAUAUAUAUGGAACUUCGUACCGUAUUCAUCAAUCCGAUAUUGGAGACCCCCUUCAGCGAGACAGGCAGCACCUGGAGCAGUGUCAACACCCCAGAUAGUGCCCAGUCUCUUGCAAAUAGACUGGCAGCCAUUACAGUAUCGCAAGCACCCAUAAGUUCCACAGACAGUACUUGGGACGGUGUCAAGACUCCCGACACAGCACAAUCUACCAGCAAUAAGCUGGCUGAGGAUGAACGCUCAGCAGCGGCAUAUAUGAUGUCCACAUUCAGCUGGGAAAAGGUACUUUCCAAGCGUGAAUGGGAUUUUGCUAUAGAAGUUGGACGUGACGGCAAAAGCUGGCUCUUGCGUAGUACACUGGUUCGGAAGGAGAGAAAACUCUUUGACAAGAUUUUUGGCAAGUAUGGCUUGAUGGAUCCUACCAAAUUUCCAGCGGCAUCUUUACUCGAUGACGACAAUGAUGUUUUCGGAAUGUUCCUCACCUGGGCUACGGCUCGUAACAUGAAGCCGUUGAAUAGGUAUAAGCUGUUCCAAAUUCAGAAUUGUACGCGAGAGGAUAGACUUCGAACUAUCGAUACUCUUUUGAGACUCAUCUAUUUCGCUGAUAAGUACGCGCUUGAUGUGUUUCAAGAUGAGGUUCUCAGACUUCUGAUCGAGGCUACCAAAGAGGAAAGAUCACCAUUAGGCAUCUACCACGUUCGACAGUGCCACGAAAAUACUUCUCCAAAAUCGAAGACCAGACUUUUCUUGAUCGACUUGAUCGCUUUCAUCGUCCAGGAGAAUGAAUCAGAGCGACCAUGGGAGGAAAGAAAAACAUCGGUAGAUUGUGAUCUUGCACAAAGUAACGAAGAACUUCUUGUAGAUCUACUUGAUCUAUUGGAAGGAAGAGAGAUCCGAGCCUCAGACGGACAUGUUACAGAUCCGCGUGAGGCGCUGGACUGUGUUUACCACCAAUAUGGCUCCGGUGAGGAAUGUCCUCGAGAUGUGUGUGAUUCUGUCAUCGAAAACAAAGAUUUCAUGACUGAUUAUUACUGGUGA